CUGAGCAGAAUUCUUCCAUCAAAUACUGAGAUUGGUCAAACCAUGGAUGUGUACAGCAGGGCUCAGGGCAGUCGAAUGAAACCAAGAAUACCUGUGAAAAAGAGGUUUGGUGAAGGUCUGCUGCAUUCUAUGAAGUCACUGCUACACAGCAGAAAAGAAUUAUGCAAUGUAUCAUCAGAGGAGUGCCUGAGUCGGGAAGAACAAGAGAAUUUUAUUGAGAUUGCAUUCAUGGGUUUUGCUGAAGAGAUGGGUACUGCUCAUUUGCAGGAGUUGGCAGCUGUUUCUGUAGAACUUCCAGAUGCUCUGAAAUCACUCCAGUUGUGUAAACUAAAAGAAAAUGAGGUUAUAUUUCUAGAAGAUGUAAAGAAAACAUUGGGAAAGCCUCAUGUCCCGAAACAGGUGAGCAAUCAGCUUCCUGAAGUGUUUUGUGUGAUGAGACUCUCUCCUUCAUUCCCAAGGAUCAAAGUUGAUUAUAUAUUUUCCUUGUUGAGCAAGUAUACUACAGGCAUAAGAUAUGCAGUGGAAAGAAACUCACCACAAAAACAUCAAACAGAGACAUCCCAUGGAGAAGAUGAUGACACUAAUCAGUCAGUUUCAUCAAUUGAGGAUGAUUUUGUCACUGCUUUUGAACACUUAGAUGAGGAUGAGCCUUCAAAGAUACAAGGUGCUGGUGCAAGCAACUUUACUUCUCGAAACCAUCGAGAUGCUUCUUCACAGACCAUCCCUGCUCAAUGUGUAGAAGCUGUUGACUCAAAGAUCCUUGUAGGUUCUGCACGUCGAAAGUCAUCUGCCAGAUCUUCUGCUUUGAUUGAUAUGUUAGGACUUAAGGAGAUCUCUUCAGUGAAAAAUUCAGUUACAACCUCAAUUUCUGAUCCUUGGAUACAAAGGAGUUUCUAUAAGCCAUAUAAUCCUUCUGAUCAAGGUGUUAAUUUUUUACGUAAGACCUUGUUUUCUUCCUCUCCAGCUGAAUCCUCCGAGUCCGAUUGCUCCAGCCCAAGCCCUAUCAUCUUCUUAGACGAGGAAGGGUAUCAGAAAAGCAUGAAGGCAAAACUUCAGCUGCCAAAAAUUCCAGUAGUGAAAGAUGGUAUAGAGGAUUCAGACUCAGAAGUGAGUGAAUUUUUUGAUAGUUUUGAUCAGUUUGAUGAGCUGGAACAAGCCUUGGAAAACUCUUGUAAAGUUAUUAGGGAUCCCAUCCUGGGGAAUGCCUCCCAGAAAAGGAGGACUGCACAUGAACAAUUUUCUUCUUCAAGCAUUGCAAUGAAUCCUCAGAAAUUCAAGUUUGAUCGACCCACUCUCCCAGCCAAUGUAAUGAAACCAACUCCUCGUAAACCAGAAUCGCCGUAUAGCAGCAUCUUUGAGGUCCCAGAUUCUCCUCGCCCGGUUAAAGCAUCAGGGGAAGAGAAUGGAGGCUUGUUCAGCCCUAUUAGAUCAUCAGCUUUCAGUCCCCUAGGGAGCUGUGGUUCUUCUGAAUGUUUAUGUCGAAUUAAUCUUGGUGGAGAUGGGACAGGCCCAAAUCACCAUGAUGCAGUUUAUAACUAUUCAUCCUAUGCUGACAGAGUUUCCUGUGAAAUACUGGGUUCUGUUUUUCAUUCUGAGCCUUCAUCGGAGCAAACACGUGCAGGAAACGAUUCAAAACACAAAAGAUUUACUUUGAAAGAGAGAAAAGGUCAAGCUGCAGAUCUCAAAAUGAAACCCAGUAAGGAGCCAGAAAAAAAAGCUAAAUCUAAGCAUAAGUCAUUAAUGAUUAGGGAUAGCAUUCAAAAAUUUGCAACUGAAUUAGUGGAAAAAAGUUUUGGUAGUGCAUUUAAAGACUUGCAAAAAGGUGUUUCUUCGUGCACCAAUGCACUUUGUCACUUGGCUGCUAGGUUGACUUCUUCAGUCUUCCAGAUGGCUUUUUAUGAGAUUGGAAGACGUAGGGCAAUGGCCCUGAAGGAGCGUGCCAUUAAUGGGAUAGCAAACUUUUUGGUGAGUGAAGCUAUAACCGGGGCUUUGAAAGAGCUGCGGCACGUGAAGAAGCAAAUAUUCACUAACACCGUUGCGCGGUUUGCCGCAGACCUUGCUGAAGAACUUGUGUUUGAGGGAAUCAUGGAAGUAUGCCAGUUUUCAUAUCCCACAACACCUACAGCUGCACAGCCUUCAUCAUUUGAUUAUGAAGACAAAGUGGUAAGAUCCUAUGCCAGAGAUUUGUCUGAAUCUGUCAUUCAAGAGGCCUUUAUUGAACUAUCUCAGGUUGACGUGACUUUCACAACACAAGCAGCCAUUAGUGUAUCCAUGGACAACAUUAAAUACGUGAGUGCAGAAAGUAUGUUAGAGUCAACACAGACUUCCACAGUUUCUCCUAGUUUUAAUGAUAGGGUAGCACUGAAGCCAAUUCAAGAUUCCAAGAAGGAAUAUACAGUACAGCAAGCUCUGUUUUGCACCUCUGGUGUUGUGAGUUCAAUUCCUGUGCCCUUAGCUGGAAGAGCUCUUUGUCAACAUGAAGUUUCCUCUGAUGCUUACGAAGCAAAACUAUCCACUGCUGCAAAUUCUGAUGGCAAUAUGAAAGUAUACGAAGACUCCACCCAUUCAUUUCUCACAAGCAGAAAGAGAGAGGAGGAAAUUGGUUCUUUCAGAGAUAUAUACCUAACAUCAGAUCACAGUCAAAGCAUUGAAAGUACUCCAUCCUUAUUCAACCAAAAUGAUACCAAACAAACAAAUAACAGAUCUGGAAUGAACACUAGUUCAGAAUUAACAAGUGAGUCAAAAGGCAUUAGUACUUUCUCUGGAACUAUGGUAGAUAUGAUAGUAAAUGAAGCUUAUGAAGCCAUAACCUCAUGUAAAGUAACAAAAGCAGUAGAAGAGUAUACAGAUUGUGUAACAAGGAAAAUAAUAGAUAAAACCCCCUAUGUGCAAUGUAUUGGUGAAGACUAUUCCAAGAAUAUGUUGGCAGAUCACUUGGUCAAUUAUGUCAUAAACCAGUCUAUAGAUGAAAGUAAAACUGUGUUAUGCAACACUAGUGGGAAUUUACCAUGUAAUGUGGGCUCGCAGACUUAUGCAGAUAACAGUAGAAAAGAGCACUGUGUGAUCAAGAAGCAAGAGGCUGAGAAACAAAGUGAUGUUUCUGUAAUGGUGCAACGACAGAUGCCUUUGAAUAAUCCAUGUAAAUUUCUUCUUACUUCAGGUCAUUCAGUGCAGUGUUUUUCAGAAUGUAAAGAUUGUUGGCAGGAACACAAAGGAUGCAGGUUUUCGUUAAAAUCACCACCACCUUGUUCCACUGUGACUUCUGCUGGGCAUCGUACAGAAGACUUGACUGCCACAGGAAGCUGCUCAGUAGCAAGCAAGCCCUCAAAAGACCAUGAUACUCAGAAACCAUCAUCAGGACCUUGGUCUUGCAGGCAGGCAGAUUUUCUGCAUGGGAGCAAUGUUUCUUCAGUGAUAUUUGGCAGUGAAGAUGCCUUGCAGGUGGAAGAUAAAUCGGGACUCAAAGACGGAAAUACCUGCGUAAUGCCUGGUACACCCCCACCAACUCCUUUAGUACCAUGCCAAAGUAGUUCUGAAAGAAACCUUAGAAAACUAUCUAAAAAACUCAAGGGAGAAUUAGCAAAGGAAUUUUCACCUGCAACACCACCUUCUACACCGUACAAUCCAUCUGUCACUGGUUUGUCUGAAACGGACCGUGACUCUUUAGAAAAUGAGGAAUUUAUGCUGAAACUCAUGCGGUCACUUUCUGAAGAAGUGGAAAGUAGUGAAGACGAAGAUCAUUCUGUAAUGCCCACUGAGAAAGAGGAACACUCAGAGAAAACAAUUCAGUAUGCAGAUUGCUUAGCUAGCCAUAUCAUUUCAAUAGCAACUGGAAUGGCUGCUUCCCAUUUAGAUGGUAAAACAAACGAAAGAGAAGCUGAUAGACAGGUCCAGUUAGGUGUGCAAAGCAAAAGAUGUGGAUAUACUGCAUUUAUAAGUAUCCCAGAAGAGAUGUGCAGUCCUGUAUGGAAUUAUGCAGGUGAUAUGGCAGGAAGAGUCAUCAGUGAGGCCAAGAAAAUUGUGAAAUCAAGGCAUUGUAAACUCUGGAGGUUGAAGCGGGCUAACUGUCAGGUGGAGUGUCUUUACGUGAGAAAAGGUGAAAAUAGCUCAGUGCAGGACCAGUGGCUGGGGGAGAGAGAGUCAUCUGUGCUUCCUUUACCACAAAGUUCAGGUGUGACAGGUUUGACUUCCAAAUACCCAAGCUGUGAAAGUGUGACUGAUGAAUAUGCAGAUCAUAUUAUACGUGUUUUGAAAAGAGAAGGAGGCAAUGCUGAACUGUUAAUGGAUCAGUACGCUAGCAGACUUGCUUACAGGUCCAUCAAAUCAGGCUUACAGCAAGCUGCUAGAAAAACCAAAUUGAGAUACAACAGAAAACCAUAUUCUGGGCAAAAUGCACAGGUGAAUGGUAAGCUGGAGCUGAGUAAAGACGCAGUGCAGCAAAUGAAAAGCGGCGUUCAUUGCUAUGAAGACCAAAGGUACGAGAGGAGCAUCGGGACGCAAAGACCAGAAUGUGCAGAGCUGUUACACUUCUCAGAAUCCCUUGCUCGCAGUAUCACCUGUGAUGUCAGGAGGAAACUGAAAAUGUCAGGAGCGUGUUUGCCAAAGUCUCUAACAGAUUCCUGUCUAUAUAAAAAGACUGAGUUUGAUGAAGGCACGGGGGACCUUAAAAGAAGAUUUUCUAGGACAGUUCUUCCUUUCUCCCCGGAUCAUAAACUAUAUCAUAGUACAGGCAGUUUAAAUGAAAGUGGCUACAGUGAAGGCAUAAUUCAAGCUAUAGAACAAUAUGCUAGGAAAGUGGCAGAUGAUACUCUAGAAAUGGGUUUAGAGUCAGCUGUUCUCCAUGUGGCUGAAAACAGAAAAAAUGUGGACAGACUCUCAUAUACUGAGAAACUGUCUCCUUUUUCUGGAGCUGUCUGUAGAUGCUGCAGUAUGAAGGAACAUCGGUACUGUACAGAAACUACAUCUCAUUAUCUACCCGCACAAGAAUCCGCCAUUCCAGUGAGGCACGUUCUGCAUUCUGGAUUGAACGGUGCCUGUCAGAAAUCAAGAGUGUUUCAGCUAGAUAUUCCCAAGAUUCACGUGGAUGUGGAACAGAAGACAGUGUUUUCCCAGAAGGGGGCCAGCGCAGCUGUGGAGAAAACAGGAGAGCUCAGUUAUGCAAGUCUGACAGCUGACAGUGGUAUUGGACAAGAAGGAGUCAGCUUUGCUGAAAGCCUUACUACUGAAAUAAUGACAUCAGCUAUGACUAAUAUUGGUCAGGCAGUUAACAUGAGCUCGGCUGGAAGAGAAGGAUUUCACUCUGUGGAAUCUAUUGUUAGCCAGCAGAUGAGUCUUAGUAUUGGUGAUGACAGCACUGGGAGUUGGUCCAAUCUGAGUUUUGAAGAUGAACAUCCUGAUGAGAGCAGCAGUUUUCUUCACCUCAGUGACAGUUCAGCUGUGUUCUCUUCUUCUCCUGGCAGUAAUGGUAACAGCAGUAGCUGGAGCAGUCUUGGUUUAGAAGGGGAUAUGUAUGAGGAGAAUUUAUCCUUUCCAACAUCAGACAGUGAUGGAAUGGAAGAUAAAGAUGAAGACUCCAAAGGAGCUCUAGAAGGUUUGGAACAAAUACGGAAGACGUUAGCAAUAGUGAAUGUUGAUCUGGAACCAAAUCUAGUGGACCCCCAGCUCAGAGCAGUUCUCCAGUGGCUGGCAGCUUCUGAAACAGAGGUGUCUGAUCUUCACUUCCACGAUGCUGCUGCAAGGGAAUUUGUUUUUCUUUCCAGAAGAGUGCAAGAAAGAGAUUGGAAAGUCGGAGACCUCUUGCAAGCAGUGCUGAAAUAUUGUGAAACGAUAGAGAAGGCGUCUGAUGGAGAGCAAGUUCUAAACAAGUCUUUGGUUGGUUGGCUUCUGGAAAACAUCUGAAAAAGCCAAGGAUGCAACACUCUUCAUUUCAUUCCUCUUGUGAAAGGAGACAGAGAGAAUGCAGAUGCGUGAAGCGAAAUUCAGCUGAUGAACGUUCAAGUAAUUGUCAGCAUUUCAAAGGCUUCGAGGUGAAAGUCAAAAUAGCUGUGCUGUGCUUUGUGAUACUGUGCACAUGGUAUGUUUAUUCAGUCCAUAAUUGGUAUUGUCCACCCACACAUAAUGUGUAUUUACUGCUGUGUUCAGGCCAUUGCAAUAUUGGUGAAAAAAAAAUCCUCGUCUAUGAUAGUAGCUCAGAGGAGCCAGUCUCAGGCAUGGCAGUCAGGAUGCCUGCUGUGCCAGUGUAGCUCUUCUUCCCACUUGUAUGUGUGCUGUAUACACAAUAGGACUGAGAGCACUGAUGUUCUGCAAAAAUCUGUUCUGGAAUACCGUGCUGCAGACAAAGGAAACAAAUUGCUGGCAUCAGCCAGGUGUUCCAUGGCCAAAAGGAAAAUUGUGACCUGCCCAAGCAGCCUCUUAAUACACUCUGGCUUCAUAGCCACCUUUCUCAGAUUUAACUUUAUGUGACAAUGUGACAGUCUGCUCUGAAAUCAUUGAGGUGCAAAUAGAUGUUCCCUUUUGUUGACUACUAUAGAUCUGGUAGCUUCUGGUAGAAGGACAGAGUGGGUAGCUGAGCAUAAGUUCAUGCAUAAUUCUUCAGCAAGGUUUCCUGAAGCUUUCUAACCAAGUUUCAAUUGCUAAAUUUCGUAUUGAGGCUUUUUUGUAUGCAGAUACUUCUAUGACAUUAAUUAUGUAUCAGAGGAUUUGUAUGUUAGUCUCUCACAUAGCUGUGUUACAAGUAACAGACAGGCAACUUCUUUUUCUGAGGAUUUUGGUCAUCUUUUUGAACAGUCUAAUUCUUCAGUUCUUAGCCUUCCACAGAGGAAUUUUCUUUUCACUGACAAAGAAAAUCUUGUUACUCGGUGAGCACGUAAGCAUUGGAGCGAAGAAAGCUAAUGAAAGCUAAUGAAAACAUAAAGGGGAAAUCUCUUGCAAGUUGAUUUUUCAUUUUCCUUAACUAUUCAGUGAGCAACACCAAAAAAAAAAACCCAAACCCAGCCACACACAUUCCGAGACUGAUUUAGGUCUCUCAAAAAUGGAUUCAGGUUUUCAAAGUUGCAUUUGCUGAGGUAACUUUGUCUGGGACCUUUUCUGCGAAGAGCCACGUGAUUGUUGGAGAUGGGAACACAGUAAGUAGUAAACACUGUCACCAGCAUGGAACCCCCCUAGUUUUACACAGUUGAUUUGCAAAGACAAGAUCCAGGAGUGAUUCUGGUGGAAGAAUUUUUGGCUUUUCAGCCAGAGCCACUGCUGUCGAGCAUUUACAUUACUUGAGCUCUGAAGAAGGGAGAACAGAGCCCAGCCACUGUAGUCACUUUAUUUUGUACCAUCUUUGUACAUUCCUGAUGUAUAGCUGGAGUUAGAGGUUUAGAGGGCCUUUGUUCUGUUGUACUGUCUGAAUAGUAUUUAAUACUAAAAUGUAUUAUAAUUUGCUGGAACUGCUGCUUAUUUGUGCAGUGUUACAGUAAUCCACAGCUCCAGUUAGUGAUGCAGUUGUAUACCAAAAGCAGUUUGAAUAACUCUAAAUGUUUCUGUAACUGUACUCAAUGAAUAUGAAGGUUGUGUACUGUACAAUGGUGAUAAGUUUUGCCAUCUUAGUAAUUUAACAAUAUUCAGUUUUCAGAUUAUGAUGAACUCCAGGUUGCACUAAACUUGUUCUUGUUUUAGCGGUGGCUUAAAAUAAAACACAUUUCACUGGC